AUGAUAUCUGGCAUUAGUAAGACUCAAUUCUGGCUUCUUGUAUUCUGUGCCUAUGGCUGCAUGCUGGGGCAGGGAUUCAUCGACAACACACGUUCUGUGACAUUUCCCAUGAUGCGAGAUGACCUCCACCUAAGCUACAAGCAGUAUGGAAGUUUACAGUCCAUGGCUCAGUUUUCUUAUUUGGUAUGGAGCUUUGCUGUCGCGGCCUCUCUACAGAAACUCGGAUUUAAAACUGUGAUUUUGUCUGCUUUCAUUAUUUCGAUCAUCGGAUGCGGUAUUACUGCCCUCGCAAACGGAUACUGGACAUUGUUUUUGUUUCAGUUCCUGGCGUGUGCUGGUAUGGGUGGGUUGGACGAUGCUCCACAUGCGCUCUCCUCUCUCCUGUUUAAGAAGAAUACCGGAAUUCUGAUGUUGCUCCUCCACAGUUGCUACGGACUGGGAGCUGUGAUCGGUCCUAUUUUUGCUCACUACGUUGAGGAGCUCUUGCCAAAGUACUCCUUCCGCGGAAUCACCCUGGCGAUGUGUGGUCCGCUCGCUCUUCUCGCCCUCAUCAUCCUCUUCAUCCCGUUCGCCAUUAAGAAGCCCGUUUCGGAGGAGCAAGUUGCCAAUCACACCGGCUUCACGGUCUGGAAGGCUCUCGCUUCGCCUGUCGUUUGGUUCCAAUCCAUCACACUGAUUCUCUUGACCACCGGCGAGCGAGCCACCAGCACCUGGGCAGGUCUUUAUCUGGAGGACGUGCUGCAUCUCGACCCCGCUGUGGAAGGAGCGUGGUUUAACUCGUGCUUCUACGUGGCUUUCACGUUGGCGCGACUCUUGGGCGGCGUUUUAGUGGACUGGAUCGGUGCGUUUUCGACCGAAUAUCUCGUCACGACCCUCGCCAUCAUCAUCUUCACAGCCGGCCUUCUGGCGGGCAAGACGGGGCUGUACAUUCUCCCGUUUGCGGGCUGCGCGGUGGCGUUUUUCUGGCCGACGUACAUUGUGAUUUGCAUGCGGUAUUGGGGCGAAAACGCGUCGGUUCCGAUCAGCUGCAUCCUCCCCAUCCAGGCCUUCCUGGGCAUCUUUGUGCAGUAUUUGCUGGGCUGGCUGAAUGACGCGUUCGGACCCUCGGUGGCGUACUGGUCGACGGUUCCGUUUAUCUCCCUGGCGCUGGUGUGUGUGGUGAUUAACCACUUGAUGGUGCUGAAGAAGGAGAAGAAGGAGAAGGAGACGAAGGAGGCGGAGGAGGCGUUGUUGAAGGAGCAGAAUGUGUGCUGA